UUUUACAUAAUUGAGACCAAGUCUGUUUUCUAUGGCGCAUUCAGCACGUUUUUCCACUUUCUAAUUUGAGAUGAACCAUAUUGGAAUGCAAGCGAACCCAUAUUUUUGGAAUUAGUUCUGAUUUAUCCAAAGAAUGGUUCUUAAAUGUUAUAAUUUCUCAAAAUUGUUCGGAGUCAUCUAAAUAAAGUUUAUCCCAACUCCACGAGCACUCUAACUAUUCCUUAAACCGGCUUGACUUUAUGGGAACGUUUUGUUUUCGAGGGCAAUCUCUUGAUCAGAAUUGUGAGAAAAUCCACCAUGGAAGCCCUUUUGUCAGCAGUCAAAUUUCUUAAGAAUUGUUUUUACAUUUUAAUGAAUCAGUUCAUUUUAUUUCUCUCAUCUAUCAUUAGAAUCCGUGUAAACCUGCAUUUUAUUUGGAGUUGUAUUAUAAUAUCUUUACCUAUUUAUUCUAACCUGAUUUAUUGAUUUCAUUUAGUGACAAAGUAUCACGCCAAGUGGAUUAGAAACUCAAGUGAACAAGACCUAUCAAAUUUCGGCACAAUAAGAUUUGGUUAAUAAUAAUCCACAAGUUGUUACAUUGGAAAUGAAAAGAGAGAAUUGAGUCACUUUUAUUCUAUAAUCAUUUUCAU